AUGACUACUGCUACAUUCAGUGAUAUUUAUCCAAAUUGUGAUAUUGUAUCUGCUGGACAUGUCAAAAUAAUUGGUGAAUAUCUUGGUUUCAAUGCUACAUGUACUGCUGGAAAUCAGUGUUUUAUAAUAAAUUCAACAUUAUCUACUAGUACGAUAAGUCAAACUACUUCCGUUCAUUUUUCGAAUAUGACUUUGAGUACAAAGAUAGAUAAUGCAAUUAAACUUCGCCACACUAUACCAACAACAAUUGAUAUUAUUAAAAAAUCACCUUCAUUUUUUGGUCUUGUUCGAUAUAGUGAUGUUUCAUCUGAUCAUCCUGAAAUAGAAAAUGUUAUACAAAUAUUUACAACAAUAGCGAAACAUGAAUAUCAUCUUGAUUGUGGUCAAAUUCUUCUUUCAUUUAAUGAUGACUUAUCUAAAACAGAUACUACUGAUGUAGUGGUACUUGAUACACUUCGUCAAAGUCGAAUACGACAUGUAAUGCUUAUUGGUCGACGUGAACUAAUUCAAGUGUUAUCAUUUACUAUAAAAGAACUUAGUGAACUUACUAAGUUAACUGAUUUACAAUCAAUGUUAAAUAAAGAAGAUUUUAAUUGA